UCGCUUGCUCACCCCUGUGUGUUUUAAAAGGCAGCUUCCUAUAUUAAUCAACAUCAUAUGUUAAUGCUUACGGAAGAAGAGUCAGAACAGCAUUAAUGGAGGGCAAUAUCGUCAAGGACUGCUCAAAGCUGGACAGCAGUCUGGAAGUGUACUACCUCACAACAAUGUAUGCCGCAGAGUUUAUUCUUGGAUUUCUCGGGAACACAGUGGUCAUCUGCGGCUACAUCUUCUGCGUCAGGGACUGGAAGAGUUUCAAUGUCUACCUCUUCAGCCUGGCGGUCUCUGACUUAGCUUUCCUUUGCACUCUGCCCAGCUUGGUGAUCAACUACUCCCAGGGCAUAAAGGUGACCGACACGGAUUUCUGCUUGAGUAACAGAUAUCUCCUGCACGUCAAUCUUUACUCAAGCAUCCUCUUCCACACUUGGAUUAGUAUAGACAGAUACCUGAUCUUAAAGCAUCCCCUGAGGCAACAUAUUUUACUGAAGAGAAACACUGCAGUUUUUGUUUCCCUCUGUAUCUGGGUGUUCGUCACGCUGCAGCUUCUCCCACUGCUGACCUUCAUCGACAUGGGUCUGGACGACAACAACCAAACCCAUUGCAAAGACUACGCCAGUUCAGGAGAUGCAUCGAACAGUUUAAUAUAUAGCUUGUUCCUCACCGUCUCUGGGUACAUGUUACCAAUGGCCUUUCUGUGCUGCUUCUACUACAAGAUCGCCCGCUUCCUCAAGGCUAGGAAUGGCGUUUUUGAGAACAGCUCUUUCCAGAGGCCCCUGAAACUGAUCACCAUCACAGGCAUCAUGUUCUUCGUACUGUACACACCUUACCACAUCAUGAGGAACGUCCGCAUUUCAUCGCGAAGGCACUACCAAGGCGAUGCGGACUGCACCCUCAUCAUUAUAAACUGCCUUUACAUCAUCUCAAGACCGAUCGCUUUCUCUCACAGUGUUAUUAACCCCCUCUUCUAUUUUCUCAUGGGGGAUCACUUCAGAGAGACACUGCUGGGCAAGGUUAGAUCCAUUAUCAACAGAAAAUGACCAGAUCACAGGGUUGGAUUUAACCUGGUUUUGGCUAUAUCAUGUAAAUGUGCAUUAAUUGAAAGACUUCUGUUUCCUUGGAUUUAUUUUUGUACUACCUAUAAAGCUGCAGUCUCCACUGUCUGUCUUCAUUUGUUCGUUUAAUAAGGGCUUCCUCAUGAAUGAAUUUGUGUAUUUCUUAGACACAAACCAUCCUUUUUCUGUUCCUUUUGCCAUUUUAGUAAGAUGUUAAAUAUCAAAGUUAAUAGUGUCUUAUCACAUGCCUUUUCUGCUUUGCGCCCUUAUCUCCUUUUGGUCAGCAAUAAAUCGUCAUUUCCAGCAUAAAUAUUUUAUCAGACCUGAUCCUCCUUCUAGUUCAGGAGAAGAGAAUCAGCAGAACCUCUGGCCAGUUAUUUCCCUCUGGCAUGAAUAUUACAUUACAUAUUAUAUGUAACCAGAUACCCCUGUUGGCCUCGAGCAAUACUGUGGGGUUAAGGGCGACUUUUUUAUAUUGACUCUCCUGAUGUUUUCUCAGCACUAUUUCAGCAGAUGGUAACAGCCCAUACUGUACAUGGAGAAUGUUGCUUUCUCUAGAUGUCUUUUUCAGGCUGUCAGAUCCUAUUUCUCUGUGUUCACAUUUGCAACUUGCUGAGGUUAAAGCAUGAAGUGUUUGGCCUCUGGGUUUUUCCGUCUGUGAAAAGACUGUGCGGGCUUUAGUGCACCAAGGUCAGUAGUGUUUACAGUAUAAGGCAGACGCUUCUGCAUGAGCUUUUUACAACUUAAUCAACUACUGUAUAUACAAUUUAAUUAUAAUAUUCAUUGUAAGCAUUAAGUCCUAAGCUGCUGUAAUCUUGUUUUUUUAUUUUUUUGCUCCACUUUUUUUUUUUACUUUUUAUUUAGCGAUGAAAAGAUUUACAAACAGGAUGCAUCCAGAACAGCAAAAUAAAUGUUUGCCUUCA